AUUGGCUCGUCAGGUCCUCGGGCUGAGAGGCUGCAGAGGGCUCUUGAAUAAAACCUCAGUGUUUCCUGUCAACUACAAACCGCUUUGAACGCAGACGCGCAGCAGCAACUUGGUGACGUUUCAUUUCAUCCUUCCAUCAUGUCCUCAGACAUUAAGGCGGACGUGGAGCUGGAGCUGGGUGAGCUGCUGCAGGAGUUCCAGGAUGUGGUGGAGGAGCUGAAGGCCCCUUCUCAAAGCAAACAGCAUGCUUACCAGCACGUCCUGCUCGAGGCCAAGAGUCGCACAGGGCUGGGGGAAGACAGUGGAGUCGAGGAUUCUGAUUACAGCAGUGAAACUUCUAUGGGAAACAGUUUGAAUACCAGCGAGGAGGAGCUUCACACAGCAGGCGGAACGCUGGCACCGAAAGCCAAGCUGGGAGACACAAGCGAACUUGAGAGUUUUAUCGACAUGUUGGACCGGGAACUUGCUGAGAUGUGAGCAUGGAGAGAAAGUGAGCCACUGAGCAGAGAUCUACGCCAGAGCAGAUCUGAUGGAGCAAAUGCUCCCUUUGCCGCCUCAGGGGAAAAGGUUAAC